GUAAGCACUGACAAUAAGGGCGGUGAACAGAGAACACUUCCAAUUUUUGCAGGAUUGUGAGUAUGCUUUUCUGUUCUACCCCAUUGCAGGGGUCACUACCCAAAAGCUCGUUGAAGCCUUUUUUCUCGCCGGUUUCACUCAGCUCAUCUGCUUGGAAGAUUUUUUUUACCUUUGCCGAGUUUCAAUGAUCUGCUCUCUUGUUGGAAAUCUUUCUGUUGGUGAUCGCCCCAUCUCUGGGAGAUCUUGGAGGUCAACUUGCCCUGCCUCCGCAGAAAUUGUCCAAGUGGAACCUGAACUUAACUAGAAGCUGGACAGUUUUAAGAUAUUGCAACUGAACCUACCCUCACCAUCAAAAAGGGCAAAGUUCAGUACUGCAUCCAGCCUGCUUGUGCUGGUACUCAUGUCCUUCCACGUCUGAUAUUCCUGCAUACAUAGUUGUCUCGACGUUUAUCCAUAGAAACUACAAGCUUUGGAGGUUGGAGGGCUUCUUGACAUUGUAGCUGAGGUAGCGCGCCCAGCUAUCAUCUGUCAAAGAGUGUAUGCUGAAGAUAGAGAGGUUAAGUCACUGGGAUGGCUGCAUCAUCUAUUAUUUAACUCAGAUAGAAUACUUCCAUUUCAUUGGGCGGAUGACAACAUGGUGUGACAGAUCGUCCUAUCGGAAUCUAAUUCCUAAUGAUACUUCUAAGCCCUUGGGAUAAGAAAAAUUAGCAAGGCCUUUCCCACGUUGCAGCUGUGCCAUUGCCAGUCUGCAUUCAUCAGUUGUAGACCAGUGAAUGAAGCUGCCUGAGGGUUACUAGCUGGCAUGGAUAGGCCAAAGGUGGGUAGGCCAAAGGUGGGUAAGCCACCGGAUAAGUUCUGGGAAAAAGUUGACAAAGUCAUAUCGAAUGAAGGUGAAGGACCUCGAUGGAAGUGUAAGUUCUGCAAAAAAAUAUUUCCCGGCGGAGCUUCCAGGAUAAAGGCGCAUCUGGGUAACGUUGAAGGCAAAGGAAUUAAAGUUUGCAAAGCAGUUGAUGAAGAUACGGUGAAAGAAGCCAGGGAGGAUCUUGAAGCGUGGGAAUCAAAUGGAAAGAGUCCAAAGAGGAGAAGGCUAGGAACUGGAACCAAUUCAGCUCAAGUUAACCCACAGUCGGUUGGCCAAAGCAACCCAAAUGCACCACCGCAAGGGAGUCUGUACACAAUCCAGAAAACAGUCCUACCUUGGCAAUUUGCGCCGGGGUAUCCAGACGACAGCUCUAAUUUGUCCAGGAGUCUCGGGGAAUCUAGUUUAAUUGUAUUACAAGAUAUUUGGGAUGAAACAGAGGUGGAAGGUCCAUCAAAUGCUCAACGGGACAUCAAUAACCGAAAUAAUAUGCCACGCCCAGGCUUUGAGACUAGAGAAGCUGACCGAUCGGGUUCACAUCAGCACGACACUCUCCCACCACCACACAUGCGGCCUGUGUUGGAGGAUCAGCAUAGUUCAAUGGUUCGUGACCUGCAAGAUGAAAAUGCAAAUGCACCAUCAUGCGAUAUCCAGUCCUUGCAACCAGAUGGUCCUGUUCGGCUACCCGUGAACGCUCAACCACUUCUUGCUGAAGGCACCCUCAAUGUACCACCGCAGGGGACGACAGAGGCUAAUAUCUCUGAAGACAACCCAGUGCAAGAUAAGCCCGAUGACAACAUUAUGCUCGAGCAACUCAAUCAUUUUAAACCGACACAAAUUGAUCCAUAUCCCAACAAUGAAGCCAAUGAGGACAUUGAUUCUUCUGCACAGAUCUCACUUGCAAGGGAAACUACACAGUGUGAGAUGUUAGUGCCCCAAUCAGUGGGUCGAGAACGGAUUGUGGAUGAGCUAUGCGAUUACUUAAUGAAAAACGAUAUAUUAUGCAUCGGAGUCCAUGGGAUGGGGGGAGUGGGGAAAACCACAACCAUGAAACACCUCUAUAAUAAAGUGCAUGACAGUGCUGCCUUUGAGAAUGUAUUUUGGGUCACGGUGUCAAAAGACUGCAGUAUCCACGAGCUUCAAAAUAAGAUUGCCAGAGCCCUCAAGGUUAAGAUAUACCACUGCGAGGAGCUGGAGAGUAUAAUAGGAGCAGCAACAGACGAAGAAGAAUCACUGACAUCAUCAACAUCAUCACUGCCACCUGAAACUUUCUCCCAACUCAAAUCAAUUGAAAUCGAGAGCUGCCCAAAGAUGAAGUAUAUGGUGGGGCCAAAAUCGCUUCCUGUUCUUAGGGAAAUAAAAUUACGUCGAUGUCAUAAGAUGAAGAGGGUGCUAACUCUUGAGUUAUUCAUGCUCCUCCCCAACCUCAACUAUAUCCAUGUUCAUGAUUGCAAGGAGAUGAUGGAGGCUAUAGGCGGCCAAGAAUUAGACAACGGAGCCACCAGAAGCUUGUUCUUGUCCCCCAUUCCAGCAGCAUCUCCUGGUGAUCAAUUAAGUACAAGAAAGCUGACCUUGGAAUUAUACUGCCUUGAGGAGCUGGAGAGCAUAUGCAGUUGGACCGGACUUUGGGAUCUCAUACAUGUCAUUAAGAUACGUAGAUGUCCAAAGCUGAAGAGGAUUGAAAUGCUAGAUGAUGCUUCUCCUCCCCCUUCUCUUAAGGAGAUAGUACUUAUAGAAGAAGUGGAUGAAGAUAGAGAAAAACAAUGGUGGGAAUCUCUGGGGUGGGUCCACCCUGAGGUCACGACUACCCUUGAACCCUAUGUGUUUGUUUAUUCGCUAGACGGAAAUAUUCCUAUUACGAGAAUGCCGGUCGUAAUCGACAGCAGGAUUAGGGAGGGAGGGAUGGACCCAAACUCUGCUCAGAGGAAGUAAUACACAUCAAGGGAGGUGGAUUCAUUCAAAUGGAACAAUGGACAGAAAAGCAUCAUCAGAUUGCCCAUUAAGCUUGCUGCUGCUGUGAGAGAUUUUCGGAUCGAGGAUAGAUUAAAAGACAGGGAAGUUGGAGAUAGCGAACUGCUGCUUAUGUGAUAUAGUGAUGAGGAUAUUCUGAACCAUUUGCUCUGCAGAUAAGUGCAUAGUUUUAUAAAGAACUUGAAACAUAUGUCGACUGUUUGCUUGCUCCGUUAAGUACUGUAACACUCAGAGUAGUCUCCAGAUACGUCGGCUAUCGGGAGGUGUUACUUACGUGUGUGCCCGCAAUAACUGUUAAUCUUGGGGUGCAGAGUGUGUAAAACUCUGUUGAAUCAAUCCAUCGUUCUUCUAAAAA